AUAUUCAGCAUUAAAUUACUAAAGGAACACAUCUGAAGUCAUCAUGAAUCUGAUUGUCGUCCUCGUCGUUUUCUUCAAUCUCUCUUCGGCUGCAACUCAUCAUGGUGACUGGUCCGAAUGGUCAAAUUUUGGUAGAUGUUCCAACAUGUGUGGGAAAGGGGCGCAGCUACGAACAAGAACCUGUACUAAUCCGGAACCGAUGAAUGGCGGCUCUUAUUGUUUAGGUCCGGCGAGUGAACAAAUUGAAUGCUUUGAGAAACCAUGUGAAGAUGAAUGGACUUCUUGGUCAGAGUUUAGUCUGUGCUCAUGUACCCACGGAAGAGGAUAUCGGACACGAACUCGUGAAAAGAACUGCACAGUAGACGUUUCUGGUGGUAAUAGUUGUGGGAUCAAAGAAUCCGAAACCCGAGAAUGUACAGCAUCAUGUAAUCUUGUCCAAAAAGUUGACGGAGGAUGGAGUAGUUGGGGAGAGGUUUUGAAGUGUUCCAAGCCCUGUGGAGGAGGAAUAAGGAUCAUGUCCCGUACCUGCAACAACCCUGUUCCUGCUAACGGUGGCCUCUUCUGCCCGGGAUCUUCAGUGCAAACAAGUGCAUGUAACGAACAGCCAUGUAAAGUUUCGUCAACACAACGCCCUUUUGUCACACUGCCGAGCAAAAUGUGGGUCACCUUGAAAAAGCGAUCUGCUAGGAUAUCUUUGAAAAAAAACUUGAACAGGAUGAAAUAAUCCAUGCCUUUGGUGCCUUUUCAAUUCCUUAUCACAGAAUACUCAUAUUCGGAGGAAUUGCUUUCCUUGAUUUAAGUGUUGUUUUCCACAUUUUGUGCAAUAAAGAAUAUUUCUAUAUGAAUAUACACGACUUUAUAAAAUAAUACAUGCAUGAGGGUAUAAAUGUGGUUUGGAUUUUGUUUAGUGAAUGUAAAUUUUAUAGACACUAUUUUUGUAUACUUGUGGUUGUUGAAAUAAAACAAAUGCUUUACC